AGCGCGGAACGUCACAAAAACACCUCGCAUACUGUAGAGGCAGCAAAGCAAAAGCAAGCAAGGCAAAAGCGCAAAGCGAAACAUUGCAGCAAACAUUCUGUGAUAACGUGAAUAAUUAUACAAAAACCAGUUGCACCACUCUGUUACAUACACCGGCGUCUUUAAAUAUGUCCAACAAAUACGAAAUCAAACCAUACGCCAGCGACAGCGACGAUAGCGGGGACGAGGAUGCGGAUAUCGAUGUGGAUAAGUUAGAACCGCUAGAAGCGGGACCCGGAGAGCAUAAGCUACAGUACACCUACUGUUUAUGGUUCGGCAAAAAGGGUUCACACAGAGCAGCGGAGUACGACAAAUCCCUACACUUCGUCGGUCGGUGUGCCAGCGUAGAGCAGUGGUGGUCCCUGUACUGCCAUCUAAUAAAACCUACCAGCCUGAAACCUUACCGAAGGUUACAUUUGUUUAAGAGUGGCAUCAAACCCAUGUGGGAAGAUCCGAGCAAUUCGAAAGGCGGCAAGUGGGUCAUUCGCCUGAAGAAAUCAAAGAUCGACCGGGCCUGGGAGAACGUGUGCAUGGCGAUGCUGGGGGAACAGUUUCUGGUAGGGUCGGAAAUUUGUGGCGUCGUCCUGUGCACCCAGUACCCCGAGGACGUCCUGUCCGUGUGGAACCGAACCGCCACCGAUACGGUCAGCACCAAUCGCAUCCGGGACACGCUGCGGCGCAUACUGAACCUACCUCAAUCGCAGCACAUCGAGUACAAACCGCACGGCGACAGUCUGAAGUUUGUGCCUGCCUGAAUCUGCCCUUUUGGAGAAGAGGCAAUCCCCCUCGAUCCCCCCCCCCCCCCUCCCCCACUUCCACAAGUCUGAUCGCGUACUGGACUUUUUGUUGCUGCAGCAUCCGGGGUGGGCUCCGCGCGAUUGUUUGGGUGGGUUUUUAUUGUGUUUUGUUUAAGUUUUCGUCAGUGGUCGAAAAGAAAAACGAAACGAAACGAUCCAACUAACAACACACGCACCACCAUACACCACCACAACUAAGCAGCAUUCAUUUUUCCUACAAUAAUAAACGUUCGUAUAUUGAAGAUUCUAUACAAACCACAACAAACACCACACAAUAAGAGGAA